GGGUCCGCGGAGGGAAGCGGCAACACGAGCGCCGUGCGAGAGCGCAACUCCCGUCGCCUGCCCGCCGCCGCCACGGAGUGAACGCCGAGCUCUCACACCUGAGGCGGAGUGAGUAUAACUUGCACAGCCGCAGCAGACCUCGUGCGUGAAGCUGCGUGGUGGUUGCAGCAGCAGCAGGGAGCGUCACCGCGGGGGCACGGCAGCGGUGUCUGUAAGGCACACCGCGCACUCUGCGUGAGAGCGACCCACCACCACGGGAGACUCCCACCACUAAAAAAGUCGCCGUAUUAAUCAAGCAGAGACGCCGACAGAAACGGGUGCGGGUCGAUGUGGUGAAGCGGAGCGGGUAGCCAUGGCGGAGGGAGCAGAUGGAGCGGAGGAGGAGACGUUCCAGCUGGCAAGCAACAAGCAGCUCUCGGACUUGCUGCGCGAGCUGUGCGAACUGCGGGAGCGCGGCUCCUUCUGCGACGUGGUGGUAGAGGUGCAGAGCUGCCGAUACCUGGCGCACAAGGCCGUGCUGAGCAGCACGUGCCGCUACUUCCGCAGCCUCUUCCUCAGCGCGCCCUGCAGCAGCAUGGGGCCCUUCGUGGUCGACUUUCUCUCGAUCCGUACCUUCGAGCUCAUCGUCGACUUUAUCUACAAGGGCCAGAUCCGCGCGAGCCGUGAUGAGAUGCGUGGCCUUUACUGCGCCGCUCUCGACCUGGGCCUGGAGUGCCUGGAGGAUGCUUGCCGGCCCUUCAAGUCCGAGACGGACGACUGGGGGGACGGCAGCCCCGGCGGCGAGUCAGACGAGGGCUCCGAUGUCAGGAUGAGCGUCGUUGAAAUGCAGCGAGCGGAGGAAACGCAGGAGGCGCCGACGGCGGCUGUGGAUCUGAGCGGCCGACAGGCGUGCGCCACCGUCACCGCUACCACCACCAUCAAGCAUCGGAUGUGGAACAGGGAGCUACAGGUGGCCGCAUGUCGCAGCGUACCCAGAGACCUAGGGGGCGACGCCGCCGAUGCCAGCACCCCGCUCCUCCUCGACGUCAAGGAAGAGCCCUUCUCGGCCUCAGAGAACGGAGACGACGACUGCAACGGUGACUACAACGGCGCCUCCGCGGAGACACCGCCGCCAGGCGGGGACAGCGCGGCGCCGCCCGCCGGCAAUGGCACCGCGCCGCCCUACGCGAUCCUGGGCGGCAGCGGUGCCGGUUUCGGCGAGGAGCUGCAGUGCCAGGCAUGCGGGGAGUUCGUGGGCGAGAACGACACGUCCCUGCGCGAGCACGCGCGCGCCGUGCACCUGGAUCGCGCGACGCUCAGCUGCCGCGUGUGCGGAAAAAAGUUCAGUCUCCUGAGCAACGCCAUGCAGCACGUGGUGGUGCACACGGGCAUCGCCGUGCUGCAGUGCCACGACUGCCGCCGCCAGUUCGUGUCGGAGACGCGCCUCAACCUCCACCGCGAGCAUCACUGCAAGAAGCUGAAGCAGCUGCUGGCGCGGGGGGGGGGCGAGGCCGGGGGCACGCCCGGCCGCGCGAAGUCAGCGUGGGCCGCCGACGAGGCGGCAGCGGCGGCGGGGGAGGUGGUGGCGUGCCGCACCUGCGGCAUAUCGGUGCUUAAGACAAUGGCGGCGCUGCGGGAGCACGCGCGGCUGCACGUGGACACGGUGUCGCUGGUGUGCGGCGUGUGCGGCCUGCAGUCCACCUUCCUCAGCAACCUCAUCAAACACGCGCUGCUGCACGUGGGUGUCUUCCUCUUCAUGUGCGACGCGUGCGGGAAGAGGUUCCCCGUGCGCUGUCGCCUGCAUGAGCACCAGAAGAGCGGCUGCCGCGCCCUCAAUGCCAGCGCCACCACCUCCUCACUCGGAACCCCGGGGUCAUUCGACGAAGACAUCUCGAUCCUCGAUCACCUGUCCCUCCCCACCCCUGUCCCACUCCCCCUGCCCCCACCUGAGUGAUUCAAUCAAUGAAGAUGAGAGUGAGUGUGCGAAUGGAGUGGUGGGUGCGUGAGUGAAUGAGUGUGAUUGUGAAUAAGUGAGCUAGUGAGCAUGAGAAGGGAGUUGUGGGUGAGUGAGCAAAGGGUUGGUGUGUGUGGAUAAUGUCGAAGUUAGGAGUAUCUAUGUUCAGUAGCCAAUGGGUCCCAUGACUUCUCAUAAUUAAGGUGGCCCCAUCGUAACACUUGCCCCUCUCUCCAAAAGUAGGAAUGGAAGGUGUCCUGCCUUUACUUGACCCUGCAAGGAGUCUUCCCGGCGAGUGGGUUUGAGGGGAGCGUGACCGUGUGUUGUGCGGUUCUAUUCAGCGGGUGUAUCGUUCGGUUGGUUCCUCUCAUGCCGAGGUUUGAGAGUCGAAUGGGCGUGAGGUUUGGGAGUCGAACCGGCGAGAACUAGCUCAUGACCCGAGCUGGUUGCACCAAAUGCGAUGGUAAAUGGUGCAGAUAUCAUUCGGUGUCUGUCCAUCGUUGGUUGGAAUAUAGCGACGCAUCGAGUCGCACGCUCGUGACGCGUGUAUCUGCAUUGAAUAGCACUCGUGAGAAUUUGUUAUUUACAAUUUCAGAAAAUGAAAUAUCCAAAUGAAAUCCUGAUGUUACAUUCAAGGUAAUAGCAUGAACAACAAAACUACAAACAAGACCGAAAAAGUUUAACACAUCGGCUUUCGCGACCACUAUCAUCAUAAUAGUAGCAGAACACACGUGCCAACAAGGACACACAAUUGAUUUUGAUAAUGUUGAAGUUCUGUGCAAAACUAGCUACUACUGGCCAAGACUAAUUAGAGAAUCUAUCGAAAUUGAAAGAAAAAUAAUUUUAACUGUUCGGAUAGCUACCGCCUUGGUACUGUGUGGAAGCGAAUCAUCAAAUAAUACAUUAUUUAAAUGUAUUCCUACGAAGGGCAGCAUACUUCACUAGGGAUUACCGUUGGUACGGCUAUUUUAAUAAACACAAUAGACAGGAAGGACAAGAUCAAAGGGCUCGCAUAAUGCACAUGCAUAAUGUACGUUGCCUCAGUAAUCACCCCCCCCCCCACCACUUUGCUCAAGAGCGCAAAAGGGUGGUCACCACAUCUACGCCUCUAUAUUAGGAACGAAACAGGUGGACUUCUCCACAAAUCUGGCUGUCGCCUAAUGAAGCUAGUUGUAAUUACUGGCGAAACGUCGUACUCAGAUUGUAAAUGUUGUGGCUUGGCUCUCCAUCACACCAGUGGUGCUGUACUCGUGACGAAUUUGCACGUUCUGUUUACGUGACAACCCUUACUAGUUAGCUGUGUCGGGUGGUGGCAGGUUUUAACGACACAUUUAUAUAUUUACGCAAAAUAACCCAAAGACCAAAAAAAAUGAGAAUACAAAUGAGAUGUUAAAAAUCAAACCAAAAAGAAUCGACUUCAAACUGUGCCCCAGAAUCUCGACAAUUCAUUGGAUCGCUAUCAGAUAAUCCCUUAAACUCCUGCCUCCCAAUUUGUUGGACACUGUCACAUGGACGUUUGAAAUUCAAGCGUAGAUUUUUGUUCACAGGCAGUUUGAAAAUUAGGUUACGGCAUUUGUGUUAUUGGCCGGCCUGAGGUCACGUUGGUUUAAAAUAAUUGGCAGCCAGCUUUUAUUGUUAUUCCCAUGCCAAGAUGCAGUGGGAUUUUAUGAAAGGGAGUGUGUUAUUUAUUUCACAUGUAGAGUUGAUCGCACGUGCCGUCGCGGUAUUUUCAAACGUUAAGAACAGCGCUGUUUUUACCAAACUGAACGCAAGUCACUUCGCUGUGCGCCCGAAGCCUUUGCCGCACGCAGCACCGUGGUGCACGCCGGCGUGUGGCCGAGUCGGGACUCCGCUCUCUGCCCCAAACUCACGCCGCGUUACGGUUCUCAUCCCCCCUGCGACGCGAUGAUUUGCCACGAUUCGAGGUCGCGGUUAAAUCAAAACCUUUUAAUUGAACCGCGACCGUUGUGGCAAAUGUGCUGUCUAUAGCUUCCGGUAUCUGCAGGGUUUAUGUGACACUGUAUACAAAUCAAAACGUAUGCGUGUGUCGUGAGCAUGAGGAGCGGUUGUAAUCGUUGAGCCGGUGUGUGGGUACAAGCCAAGUGGACCCCUUCCCGGCUCGCCUCGUCUCCGAGAGUGGAGUGGCUGGCUCACUUCUCACCAACACUAACACGACGCUACUUUACCUCCUGGUAAUUGUGAUCAUGGUCAUAUUUUACCCGUACAGUUGCUGCCUCUCGCUUUCCGUUCUAAUUUAUAGUGGUCACUUUCAACAUAUGGUCCGUUAAUUUGAGGUCUGCUCUCGCAGUCGUCAUGAGCAGGAUGUGUGGUUUGAUUGACAGCGGUGGCUGCUGCUGCUGCAUCUGUCCUGCGUGCAGCAAGGAGGUUUCUGGCUUUUUUGAGCAUUCUCCCCUCGAAUGUGGAGCGUUUAUCUGGACACUGUGAUUUUGUUAAACUCCUAAGACUGCGAGGUUCUCCUGAAUGAAUUUGUUAUCAUGCUCAUACAGAAUGUGAUUUUUUGAGAGAGGGGUGGUCGUGACGGUGGGCUAGUGGUGGCCGGGGCCUUAGUGAGGCACCCAACCUGUGUCUGUGUUUCCCCCCUGUGGCUGGCAGGUGUUGUAGGGGAGUGGGGACAAGCGGCCCGAGUGCUCACCCUCUAUGCCUGUUGCACACGGUAAUGGUUUCUUCACCGCCACUUAAUCAAUCGUGCCGGUUAUUACCAAAGUGCGCCGCCGUCUGCUGUGUAGAGGAUGUUAAAGAUCCUGCGAUAUCGUUGGUCAGAUUGAGCCACCCUGCGCUGUGUAGCAGCCAAGAUGUUAACCGAGGUUAUAGAAAUCUCGAUCGCGUCAGUGUCAUUUGUUGCGUCCGUUAGCGAGACGAAUUUGCACACCCUUUUAAACACUACCUGUUGUGACGUUUCGCGACGGACUCGCAGUCGGCACUUUGACCAGAUACCUGGGAAAGCAUAUACCUAUGACGCCUGUUGAAAUAUGCACCUACUUAUUAACUCGUGUAAGAGGCAAAACAUGCAUUGGGGAAAAUGAUGUUUUGUGGUUGAUGUUGUAAAUCGUUUAGCCGUUAAAAAAGAUAAUUCCAGCUUAAAUCUUUAUACGUUUGGCACUGCAAAGGAGCUGGCCGGAGUUUAAACGUUGGUGAGACGUGCAGAGGGUGGGAAGGGGGGGGUGCAUUUCGCAAGCAAAAAAACAUGAAGCCGACAACACUUAAACCCGAUCUGAAGAAUGUAGCGAGGCAGAGAUCGAUUCCUAGAACGUGCUGGCUGGGUCACAGUGCCACUAUCGGGGGCGGCAGCCACUAGAGAUAUUUUCCCGCAAUGACCAAAGCAUACUACACGGAGACAUUCAAGAGCCUGCGCCGCGAUUAAAAAAAUGUGUGCUUCUAUUAAAUGUGAAUCUUAGAUUAAGUGUAAUUCUACCCACCAUUCUAAAUGGGUGUUGCUAUAUAACUGCGGUUCCCAGGUCUCCCAGGCUGCAGACGAGGUGGUGUUCCUCGUUGUGUCGUGACUUGGGCAGUGAAUCCCGGCCUGUGGCGCCUGUCACAGCUGUUGUUAGGUCCUCGCUGACCUUGCCGUCUACGAGCGGACUGUGUUGAUGCCCAAAACAAAAGCAGUUUGGCACCAAACUUUACCAGGGCUCAUGAACGCACGCACGUGUGCACUCGCGUUCCUUGUGUGGGAAGCGGCAGUGCAGCGGUUAGCGUGCUGCGCUCCAAAACCAGUGACCCCAGUUCGAUUCCCGCUCAUGGCCAACACCAGUAACGAUUAUCUGAACCAGUCCUGAGCCUCCCCUAUGUUGACUCAGCCUUAAAUGAGUACGACAUGUAGUACAAAGGUGGCCGGGCGUGGUGCUGGAAACCCACCUCGUGUGCUGUGCCAGCCUUCGGAGGUGCUCGCUAACAGCACUUGCCCCAACAGUCUGUUAUGGUUCGGGGGAAUCUAUGUUUUGUGUCCCUCAUGUGAGAACCUUGGGCUCAUUUCACCUUUGAACCAGUUUCUUUUUGAAAGUGUAAAUCGUGGAUAUGUGUAUAUAUAUCGUACCUCAGUCUAAAGGGGACAUACAUUUGUAUAAAAGUGCAGGUCUUAGCUACAUGGAAUGUUGACUGGAAACAAAUGAGAUGGGUUUUGUUUUUAAGGUUAAAUGGAAAAAACCCCUUGCGCAGUUUUUUAGAGUGUGUGGUUCAGGGUGUGAUGGCGUGUUUUUGUUAAAUCAUGUUGGGGGUAAUGUACAGUGCCGAGAAAAAGUUUGUGAACCCCUUAAGAUGUUCACAUAUUUUACAUAUUUCAAGCCUAAAAUGUUAUUAGAUCUUAAUAUAAGUGCUAAUAAUAGAUAAAGAUAACCUGAUUAAACAAAUGACACAAACAUGAUAGUCCUUCAACAUGUAUUUAUCUUCAUAAUAACCGUUUUUGGGUUAGAUCGCGUUAUUUAUAAAUGUGUCGUAACCCUCCACCACCCGACACGGCCAAUCAGCAAAAAGUAUCACGUUGACAAAAGACAUAGUUCACUACUUUAGCCCACCUGGUGUGUUGAAGAGUGAAACCACAACAUUUACCAUUUUUGAGUAGCACGACGUUUCACUGGUAAUUGCAUCCAGCAUCAUCGGGCAAUUCGCCAGCCUACGUGUUAAAAUGUAUUUAUCUUCAAAUGAUUCUCUAUGAUUCUACAUUCAAUAACCAUGUGUGCACCUUUAGAUUCAGUAACUGGUGAGCAGAAAUGACUGCAACUAAGCGUUUCAUGCAACCUUUGGUCAAUCUCUCACAUCGGAUUUGAGGAAUUUUGGCCCAUUAAUCCUCACAGAAGUCCUUCAACUCGGUGACAUUUCAGGAUUGCCUUGCACGGACAGCUCGUUUCAGGUCCUGCCACAACAUUUUGAUGGGGGUUUAGGUCCUGGACUUUGACUAGGCCGUUUUAAAACGAGAAAUGUCUUCUACAACCAUUCUUUGGUAGAUCUGCUUGUAUAUUUAGUAUCAGUGUCUUGCUACAAGACACACUUUCGGUUCAGCUUCAGCUCACGGACGGAUAGCCUCACAUUCUCCUCUAGAAUCUUUCAGUGCAACGCAGAAUUCAUGAUUGUGUCAAAGGUGCAAGCCGUCCAGGUCCUGAGGCACCAAAGCAGCCCCAAACCAUCACAUUCCCACCACCAUGCGUGACGUGUUCAAGUUAUUCUGUUUGAAAGCAGUGUUUGGUUUUCGACAAACAACGUUUCUCACUGAGGCCAGGCAGUUCUAACUUUGACUCGUCUGUCCAGAGAGCAUUGUUUCAGAAGUUUUGUGGAUCAUUUGUGUGCUCUUUGACGAACUUCAGACGGGCAGCAAUUUUCUCUUUAGAGAGCGGUGGUUUUCUCAUUGCUAUCCUUACAUGAACACCUUUCUUGUUCAGUCUUGUUCUGAUAGUUGAGUCAUGAACACUCACAGCCAAGCCUGGGAGUGGCCUGCAGAUCCUUGGAUGUUUCUCUGGGGUUCUUUGUGGCUUCCUUGAUUUUCUGGGUAGAGUAACUGUGGCCUUGAACUGUAUCCAUUUAAAGACUAUCUGUCUGAGUGGAUUGGUGGAGUCCCAAAUCCUUAGAAAUGGGUUUGUAACCCUUUCCGGACUCAUGAGCAUCAAUAACUUUUUUUGAGGUCAUUGAGAUUUUUUUGGAAUUGGUUGAUAUAAACCCUAUUGGAUUUUUAAGAAAAGACUGGGUUUUGAUUCAAGAAGACUAUCAUGGUAAAACUAUGGAAUUUCCAUAAUUAUCAUUGGGGUUCACAAACUUUUUCUCGACGCUGUAGCUCAUCUAUGCUGUACAGUCUACGGUGGUGACAUCGGGCCCCAUCUAUGUCUAGAAGGUUGUGCUGCGGCCACGAUGGAGAAAGUUGUCUUGAGAUGAGGCCCAGGGGUGAUGGACGCCGAUGUUGGAUGAAGGGUGCAGGUGUUUGGUGUGGGUGAGAAGCGUGGCCGUUGAGCGAGUGUUGGGUGAGGAUUUCGCUCUGGGUAUUGGGUGAGGCUCAGGUGAGGGAUACAAGUGUUGAGUGAGGCUCACAGGUGACUGAUUCUGUGUUUACCGCAGAAUCAGCGUAUGCGGUUCUUCGAAACUUGCUGCGCUCUUCUGUGGGGUUGUAACAAUCCACCACCCGCUGUAUGGUUCAUUGAACUGUGCACGAUCUGUCUUGUGACAAUACAUUUUCCCCAUUGAUGUGCUUGUAGAUUUGAUCGUGGCUGCAGCCUUAUCAUGAACUUAUCACUUGGACUAUUCCCAAAUCGGAAUUGAUAUAAUGUAAUCCGACACGCAUGCUGCCUCGUGACCACAACGAUUACAUUGCAGUCAAUUAAUCUUAGAUAUUGCUACGUCCCUAUUUUUUAUGAUUUGCAAGCCCAGGUGGUCUAAUCAUGUUUGACUGCUUGUGAUCACAUGGUGAGAUUCUCCGUGAAGCUCAAUCGGACAACAUGGUAUUGGUGUUGGGAUUGAAUCCAGGGACGCCUCCUUGAUGAGCGGCUACUUUCAAUCACCGAGCAUCCAGAUAUUGUGAGAUACGGGCAUUCAAGGAGGUCUGAGGCACAGGGUGGAUUAGGCUCUCGUGCCCCAGGCUACUGAGUGCAGGCCAGAGUGUGGGUACCGGGCAGAGGCUCGUGUUGUCAGCUGCUCGUUCGUGUUCCCUCGGCUGAUUUCGAGUGACGUUCGUUGUCAAGUCUCUCUGAAAAUUUUACCGUCGCCCAUUUUACGUCAAUAUUAAAGUUAAGUCGUUCAUUUCGGAUGAGUGUGGCGGGUAGCCUUGAAAUAGCCCAUUCCUAUGGUGGGACAAGUGCAACGAUAGGAAAGUCACAAACAAAAUGGUUCUUAAUCUGUCAACCCCAAACCAGGAUUUGUGCUUGCAACCUUCCAAUUGCAAACUGCUUGCUCAAACUACUUCUGAACCUGGCCUUAUGUAUUCUAAUUAUUAAUGCUGUUAACAUCCCGUUUGUAUCCCCCAUCGUGUCGGAUUGACUGCGCGCGGCUGCCUGAGCCACGUCACACUGCAGACAUGUUUUUAACAACUCUGGCAGCGGGAGACCAUGCAGUUGGUGUCACAAAUAGUAAGUUCUCUUUCACGCAGCAAAACGUGUUCUCCUGGAACCAAGUUCAACCGGCGAUUCUGACGGGUGACUUCUUCCCUGGGCUCAAGGGUUUAACGUCUUUAUGAGUAUGGACACUGAUUGAAACUGAAAUUCUCAACUUGAAUGCUUUUAUCUUGUUUGAGUUAAAUUAUUGUUAUAUUAUAGGGCCUUUGUCUUUUUGAUUGUAACUUCAAACGUUUUCAAGGUGUGCGUCUUUGGAGACUGCAAAGUCGUGCCUCCUCGACGCCAGUGUCUGUGCUGGGCUCGCGAGGCCGAGCGUUGGCGAGGAGCCGGGCAGCGGCGACGCUCGGCAAACGCUCUCGCUCCGCUGCAUGGAGGGCGUACGGCAUGCAGCGCGCUUGCGCACGCGCGGCUCGCGAUGGCUGCUAGCGUCACCUUGAGCAGGUGACGCAGUUCAUAACGGAGAAGAGACACAAAGCGGUGUCGCCAGCACCUCUCCUCAUCGACAGAUUCAUCUGGGCACUGGAGAACCCCACGUGUCUGUGGCGAUGGGAGAGAGUGUGGUGUGGAUGGUUGGCACAGACAGUCCCGUCAUCACUGUGAAUUACGCGAAGCUGCGUUUGAACGCGUGAGGUUUUUUUUCUUAAUCGCGCAGGGCGUCGGUCUUUUGCUCAUGUAUUUUGGGAACCAUUUCAACAAUCUUACAGCCCUUCUGCUGCUUACUGUUUGGGCUACUAUGAUGGACAGGUUAUUUCAGUCUGUAUAAAGGCUUUGCUUAUGGGUGGUGGUGGUGGUGGAGUGCUGCUUUCAAAGGAAUUUUUCCUGAUCAAGACAACCGUUCAGCAGGUUCUGAAACAUACACCAUUUGCUAAGCUCCCAGUGACCUUUAUUGUCUGGGCCCAUGCUCUGUGUGUGCCUGGUGGCACUAAUAAUUCACCCCCGUGGAACUGUUGCAACUCACCACGCCAAACAUAUCGGUAGGUAGCACCGACACAUUGAGCACCGGACAUGGGAACAGUGACCUGGACCGACGAGUGGCAUUACUACGGAGAGAGCGCGAAUGUGCUGGGAGCGAGCCCAUUGAAUACCUCGGACUGGGGACCUGGUGGAGGUGGUGGGGAUGAAGAGGUGGGGGAGGCUGUGUGGGAGCCGUGGUGUCGAUUGCUCUCCUUUUGUGUGUGCUUGCGUAGCGUUGGCAACAUUUUGCUGUAGGUCACUUGUAUUUUUGGUGCUUUUAAAACAGAUAAUAAAUGACAAUGGACUCCUUUUCGUGGUUUGUGCAGCGUGUUUCUUUGAUUUUACAGUAACUGGCACCACUGAUUCAUUUCAGCCGGGACUAUCACAGCAGCCCGGGAAUAUUGUUUCACACGGAACCACCACAUCCAGUAUACCACCUCCAUGUCUACCAGUGAUUCGGAAAAUAGAUGGAGAAUUAAUCCUGUAGUUUAUUGUUUUCUUUCAACCUAUGUGACUUUACCGAAAGACCCAAAUAAUAUAAUUCUCUGAACAUCGUAUUUUGAUUUUAAAUACUCGCAAUUUGCUACCCAUGGCCACACCACGGGAAGGGGAAUAGU